AUGACCAGCGCAUUAAAAAGAUCAUAUCCGUUCGGUUCCUCAUUAUUACAAGAUAUAGAUCAAUCCAAAGUUCCUCAAACCCCUUUACACAAAAGAUUGUCAAUGGCCCCUUCAAGUAUUAACCUCUCUGUGGAUGGUUCAGCUUCAUGGAAAAUGUCGACGACAACUUUUACGAAAAAAGAUAGUUCUAAUGAAUUAACAAUUUCUGCCAAUCAUGAAGAUCAAUCGGCUGAAAAAAGUCCGUUACCAAGUCCUCCUUCUUCCAAGGGACGUAGAAAUAUGAAAAAUUUACAACUGGUUGUACCCCCGGUCCGUUCUUCAAUUUCAGCUCCUCCUUCGCCUCAAUUACUUCCAACUUCUACGACCAAUACGCAUAAUAGACGACCUUCAACUCCUAUAUGCGUUUAUCAAAAUAAGGGUUCGAAUUCUAACGUAGCAGACCCAAUGGCAUUAAUGUCAAAGACCGAAAAUGCAAUCGGAGAAGAUUUGCCAUAUAAAGAUGAGCCAAUACAAAUUUUACCAAAUUUGUAUCUUGGUUCCGAAUUAAAUGCUGCGAACCGUUCAAUGCUUGAUAGGAUUAAUGUCGAAUUCAUUUUAAAUGUUGGGAAGGAAGUUGAAAAUCCUUACUUGGAAGAGAUUACAAAUGUGAAUUCUUCAUAUUACUCCGAUUAUCAACAACAAAUUUCGCCAAGCCUUCCAACCGCCUCCUCGGUUUCCUCGGAAGAUAGUUUCAAAACAGCAAUCCAAUCCCCAACGAUGCAACUUGACUCACCGACCGUACCAUCAUCUCCGUUUGGUAUUUUCAGGUCAAAUUCUUUGUUGCAAAAACGAAUCUCACUGACGAUGCGUCCUAGUUCAUCGUCUCCACAAGUCGCUCACGAAGCGAUGUUAUCAGGAAUUCCACUUACAGUUCCUGCAACAUCAGAAUUUAGAUCCUUGAAAUAUAAAAAAUUCUUUUGGACUCACAACCAAGAAAAUCUUAUCGCGGAUUUCAAAUCUGCAUUUGCAUUUAUCGAUGAAGCUCGUUCAGCUGGUAGAAAUAUUCUCGUUCACUGUCAAUGCGGAGUUUCACGUUCGGCUUCGCUGAUCAUCGGAUACGUUAUGAAGGCUAAUAGUAUGACCCUUAACCAGGCUUAUGAAUUUGUUAAAGAUAGAAGUCCUUAUAUCAGUCCAAAUAUGAGCCUAGUAUAUCAGUUGGUGGAAUUUGAAAAAACCUUGAAAUUGGGAAUUAAUAAUAGUAAUGCGAUUCCAAACACCCCUCAACCCUAUGGAAAGGACGAUUUGAAGAAAACGCACUCGCGUAGCUCAAGUAUAGAAAGUGACCUACUUCUAAGUCAUCGCCGUAGCAACAGUCUCUCCAGAGGGAAUUUAAGAUUCUUAACUAUACCAUCACAACGACAAGCUACUGUGAAAGGGGGAGCCGGAAGGUUCCACGUUAUCACUGCAUCCAUUACACCCUCUUCCUCGUCACCUUCUUUGUCGCCCGCAUUAUCAUCCGCUUCAUCAUCCAUUUCAUCAUCCGCUUCAUCCGAAUCUUCAGUGUUAUCAUAUGCAAGUAUGGCUUCACCGACUACUCCAUCGAGCGAAGAAUCUUCACCGACAACUAUGUCGAGACGUACUUCGAAACCUCCACCUUUGUCACCAAAGACAAGUAAUUCAUCCUUGAACACAUUUAAAAAUAACCCCCGGUCUUCAUAUUCCCCUAUAGAUCAAAAUCCUCUGUCACCGAAAGGAAUUUUAUUUAAUCCAAUAUCUUCAAAAUUCUCUUCAAAGAGAGCAACGAUGAUUUAUUCUUCUACGUCACAUGUUUCGGACCCUUUCGUUUCGUUUGGUAAUUUUGAAAAUUGCUUUGAUCCUUCUCGAGCAUCCUUUCAUUCUUUCGAUAAAACUACUUCUUUCAUUGUUAAUCAAACAAGUCAAGAAGUAUUAUCAGGACCCAAUUCAGGGAUAUUUAGCAAAUCUACCUUUGAAAGUAUAUUUUCUCCAACAAGGGUUUCUCCACCCGUUACACCUGUUGCAAUUCCUGAUUUAUAUGUAGAAGAAGAAUAA